GUGGGGGCAGUCCGCUGCGUUGGGGUUGGGGCGUCCCACGUGAGAUGUGUCAAAUGGACGUGGAGGGUUGUAGGGUUCCGCACCCCGCUCCAGGGUCCCUAUGACUGCGCUCACUUCCGAAGGCAUACACAGUGUUUGCCCGCAGAUUCUGUGUAUCCUCAGGACACUUUCUGAGGCACGCCUGGGUGUGGACCCUAGCCCAGUACAACCACCCAAGGAUAACUCUCUGGUAUUUUCUUGGUUUCUUGCUCACUGUCCUCGGGAAUGUCCGCAGAGCAGACGUACGGUGAGGUGAACCAGUUGGGCGGCGUAUUUGUCAACGGCCGCCCCCUGCCCAACGCCAUCCGCUUGCGUAUCGUGGAGCUGGCGCAGCUGGGUAUCCGACCUUGUGACAUCAGCCGGCAGCUUCGGGUAUCCCACGGCUGCGUGAGCAAGAUCCUGGCGCGCUACAACGAGACGGGUUCCAUUCUGCCAGGGGCCAUCGGAGGCAGCAAACCCCGCGUCACCACCCCUAACGUGGUCAAGCACAUUCGGGACUACAAGCUGGGCGACCCUGGCAUCUUUGCCUGGGAGAUUCGCGACCGGCUGCUGGCCGACGGCGUCUGCGAUAAAUACAACGUGCCCUCUGUAAGCUCCAUCAGCCGCAUCCUGCGCAAUAAGAUUGGUAGCUUGGCGCAGCCUGGGCCCUACGAGGCCAGCAAGCAGCCGCAGCCACAGCCGGCGCUGCCCUACAACCACAUCUAUCAGUACCCUUACCCCAGCCCGGUGUCGUCCACUGGCGCCAAAAUGGGCAGUCACCACGGGGUCGGGGGCACAGCAGGUCAUGUCAGCAUUCCUCGUUCAUGGCCCUCGGCGCAUUCGGUCAGCAACAUCCUGGGCAUCCGAACGUUUAUGGAACAAACAGGGGCCUUCGCCGGGAACGAAGGUGCCGCCUACUCCCAGAAGAUGGAAGACUGGGCUAGCGUGAACCGUACGGCCUUCCCGGCCACCCAAGCAGUAAAUGGGCUCGAGAAACCGGCAUUAGAGGCGGACAUUAAGUACACCCAGUCUGCAUCUGGCCUUUCCGCAGUGGGCGGCUUCCUCCCCGCCUGCGCCUACCCUGCCUCCAACCAACAUGGGGUGUACAGCGGGCCAGCGGGGGGCUACCUCUCCCCGCCGUGGCCUCCCGCUCAAGGACCCCAGUUGGCGCCCUCCGGAGCCAGUGUCACAAUGCACAGCGGGGAGCUCGCAGUGGCGGCGUUGACCUUCAAGCAUCCCAACCGAGAAGUGCCUGACCGGAAGCCUCUCAGCCCUGGCAGCAAGGCCCCAGACAGCCUCAGUAGCUUACAUGGACUUCCCGUCCCAGCCUCAAACUCCUAGGGGUAGCGCUGCCCAGAGCGGGAGUCAGGAGGAGGCAGCGGAGCGGCAGGCAGACCAGGAAGCGCAACUAGGCUCUGCAGCUUCGUGGAGCCACUGGAUGGAAGGACAAGGACACGAGGAAGAGGUGCAGUGGGUCUGCCCGUGGGGGCACGCCCCGUCAACCCUAGGCCUUGCUCUGUCCCCUGCCCCACAACCCCUUCCCCCACCACACUUCAGUUGCGGGUCAGGAUUUUCAGGCUUUCAUGAACUUUGGUUUUCAACCGUUGAAUCCAUGUUGUGACACUUGCUCAGUGUGGCCUCCUUUGACCAGCCUUUUCCCACUUCUUCCAGGAUUGUCCUAAACUCUUCGUCCCUCCCUCUUUCCCCUACUUCCCUCUUUCCCCAUUUCCCCUCCAGUUCCUUCUUUCUUUUC